AUAACCGGCAUAGUUCUUAUAUCAGUUGGAGCAUCUAUAAGAGCAAUAUACUCUGAUUACCAUCUUUUUCUCAGUGGAAGCUAUUUUUCUUUGCCAAAUCUUCUGAUAGCAACAGGAUGCUUGAUUUUCUGUAUCUCCUUUUUGGGUUGCUAUGGAGCAAUGAAGCAAAGCUGGGUCAUGCUUAUGGGUUUUUCGAUUUUACUGGGAAUCAUUUUCAUUUUUGAAUUUGCCGCUGGUAUUGCAGGAUACGUUUUGAGAGAUCAAACUUCCAAUUACCUCGAAAACACCAUGAAAGAAAAUAUGAAGUUAUAUCACAAUGAUUCGAGUAUUAGUGACAUAUGGGACACAAUUCAAAAAGAGUUUCAGUGCUGCGGUGUUAUUAACUAUACUGACUGGAUAGUCGAGAACAAAAAGCCUGAUUUACCAAUUUCAUGCUGUCCUGCUAAAAGUGGUACCAUGGGUGGGUUUUAUUGUAAUGAUGUUUCAUCGAUAGUGAUUACAACUACACCGGCGCCAACUACGGCGCCGUCAUCAACGACAAAAAUUGUCCCUCCGCAAUCUCGGAAGAAAAGAGCUUCUGGAACUGAUUCUUCUUUAUUAGCUCCAAUCGACGAUACUAUACUUAACAAUACUUCCGUUAUUCCUUCAAUGUUAGCUGCCAACAACGCUCCUGUUGAUAGCGAAACUACCCCUAUUCCAUCAUCUACUACUCCUGUUGGUAACGAAACUACUCCUAUUCCAUCAUCAACUACUACUCCCUACGGAAUCGGAUGCGAAGCUGCCUUUGGAGAUUUUGUUAGAGCACAUGCAGUUGAUAUUGGAGGGAUAGGGUUUGCUUUGGCCGUUAUUCAG